UUGGCGGGUCACCUGCGCUUCCUCAACAUGAUGCUCGCAAACACUUGCUCAGGCGUCGUUCGAGAGGAUGAGGUCAGCGGCUACAAGCGGAAGAAGGCGGAAGCGUCGCCAGACCCGGACAACCUGAUGAGGUCCCGCCUUCGAGAGUGCAUCCGCUACCACAACGACAUCGACAGGUGCGUGCAGCUCCUAAGUGGUAUGUUGGGACCCAUCCUGCUGGGACAGUUCAUCGUCAAUAUUAUCACCAUUAGCGCCACCGCUUUCAUCGCCAUAACGCUGAAAGCGGACUCUGCGUGGAUCUUCAAGUACGGCUCCUACCUGUUCGCCAUCGCAGUGCAGCUGUUGCUGUACUGCUGGUUCGGAAAUGACAUCGUUACAGAGAGCGAGCGCCUGCAGGUGUCUGCGUACAGCAGCGACUGGACGUCGGCGUCGCCGCGCUUCCGCAAGGAGCUGCGGCUUCUGCUGUGCCGCGCCCACCGGCCGCUCAGGCUCACCGCCAGCAAGUUCUACACCAUCUCCAGGGAGACCUUCCUCGCGCUGAUGAACGCUUCCUUCUCGUACUUCAUGGUGCUGAGGGAGUUGAACGCCGAAUAGUCGUCACUUCCAGAAAGGCACUAGCGCCGCCAUGUAGCUCUAGCACAAAGUUCUCCAC